UUUGAUCUAUCAACCAGAGAUCAAAGACAAAGAUUGUUGGUUUGAGAACUUUGUCAUUUGCAACCCCCAAGUGGUAUUCAACAGCCUCAGUGCUCUUGUUGUCAAGCCGCUACUGGAGCUCCAUUCUGAAGAGAGCAGUAUUCAGUUUAAGGAAACUGAGAGAAAGAAUUGGACACUCAAAGGACAAUUCUCUCUGGAAACAAUCACUCGAUGCUAUUCGGAGGAAAACAAGGAUGUGAAGAAAGGCCAGUUGAUUCCUGUUGAGAAGCUACUCAUACUACUUGAGCAUUCCCAUCUUUUGGCCACCAUCACAACAGUGGUGAAGAAUAGCCAUAUUACAGAAAUGGUUAAAAUAAUGUACUUCAUGCCCGCUAUUCUCAAGUGUGCAUCUCGCGAGGAACUAUUGAAGCCAUCACCUCCCACUGGAAUUGACACACCCUCUCCCAUCAAGUUCACAUUUGACCCCCAAUACGUUCCCAUUGGAAUAUUCUGUGCCAUGAUCAGUGAAUUGGUUUCAAGGGGAGGUAAAGGAAUUCUGGGCAUGACGUGGAAACUUGCCGCUGAUUCCUCAGUAAAGAGAAACCUCGUCUCAUUUCACAUUGACGAGUCUGCCGAACAUUUCGUUACCCUGAUUGCUCAUGUGGAUUGCUACGAGGUACGGGUUAUUCGACAGGACAGGAAAUAUACAAUGCACGAGCUCUGUUCCUACGUCCUCUCAACGGUCCUCUUUAUCAUGAAGGAAAUCAGUCCUCUUCUGUCUCCGAUCAUCGCGUUUGAUUGCUACUGCGGCAAACAUGAAAAUGGUUCUAAACUUUGCCUCCUCACACAAGGAUUGCAUCCAUGCUUUAAAUGUACCAGUGCAAUCUCUCUGAGCCCCCACCAAGAAUGCUGGUUUGCAAACGAAGCCAGCAUAGGCGGGGGUGUUUCUCUCCUGGCUCUGCCUUUUGCCUCUGAUUUAGAGGACCUAGAGCCAAGCCUUGCUUUCAAGUGGAGCAAAAGAAGACCUGAAAUUAGUGGUCGAAGAAACAAAUUGGAACUCAAGGACUUGUUAGAUGGUCACUUCGAGGGCUUUAUCAGUUGCAAAAUCUCUAAGAACCAGAAGCCAUUUUUUACUGUAUACCACUGCCUGAAAAAGAGUGUCGAUAAGGCAGCGACUCAACUAGAUGUAGCUACUCAUGGACUCCCUGAGACAGUUCAACAACAUGAGACUACAGCGACUGCAGUUCAGUUGAGUCAAGAGUGCUCGGAAGAAGCUCUUCUCCAGUUGUCUACCGAGAUUGCUGGAUACAACAAAUACAAGCACAGGCUGGGCGUGAGUCGUGCUGAUUUAGACGAAAUCGAUAACGAUCCAAGAAACUUCUACAGUACCCAAGGCAAAUUUUACUCUGCUCUACUGAAAUGGAAGAGUACUAGUAUUGAUUUGGACAAUCCAUCAACAUCAACAGCAACUUAUGGUCGACUAGUGGAAAUUGCUAAGGAGGACAAGGACGGGGAGGCAGUUCGUAGCAUUCAUAAGGCUUGUAUCAAGCAUACAAGCAAUAUUGAAGUGGCCAUGGAGAUAUAAUAGUGGAUGAUAUAAAUUAAGGAUUAUCAUUAUGAUACGUAUACCUAUGAUACGUAUACCACAAUUAUAAUUAUAGAACUCGAGAUGAACUGAACUCAUGUAUGUCACUAUAUAGUCAUGCAUGACCUGUACUAUUACUUCCAAAUUAAUAAUGGUUAAUUUUUUUAUCGUGA